AUGGCGGGUGGUGGUGGUGGUUCGUCGCCGGCAAGGCUAGCGCUGCUGCUGCUGCUGGCGGCGGCGGUCGUGGCUUGCGGCGGCAAGGGGGUGCAGGUGGAGGAGGCGCACCGGCGGAGCAUGCUGGCCAAUGGCCUCGGCUCGGCCCCUCCCAUGGGGUGGAACAGCUGGAAUCACUUCCAGUGCGAUGGCAACGGCGAGGUGGUCAUCAGGGAGACCGAUGACUGCUGGGCAGAGCCACAACGUGAUGCUAAGGGGAAUCUGGUGGCCAACACCAAGACGUUCCCGCACGGGAUCAAGGCGCUGACUCCGACUUUUCACCACCACCGUCUCCGUCUGUGUAACAAUUGUCUCUGCAGGUUCCAGACCCGCGCCAAGGUCCAGCCCGGGUCCCUCGGCCACGAGGAGCAGGACGUCAAGACCUUCGCGGCAUGGGGAGUGGAUUACCUCAUGUACGACAACUGCAACAACGGCGACCUCAGGCCGCUGGAGAGGUACCCGGAGAUGAGCAGAGCACUGAUGAAGGUGGGGCGGCCGAUCUACUUCUCGCUCUGCGAAUGGGGCGACAUGCACCCGGCGAAGUGGGGCGCGGCCUACGGCAACAGCUGGAGGACCACCAACGACAUCGCCGACACUUGGGACAGCAUGAUCGCCACGGCGGACCAGAACGAGGUGUGGUCGGAGUACGCGCGCCCCGGCGGAUGGAACGAUCCUGACAUGCUUGAAGUGGGCAACGGUGGUAUGUCUGAGGCGGAGUACCGCUCUCACUUCAGCAUCUGGGCAGUUGCCAAGGCUCCUCUUCUGAUCGGGUGCGACGUACGGUCGAUGAGCCAGCAGACAAAGGACAUACUCAGCAACUCGGAAGUCAUCGCUGUGAACCAAGAUAGUCUAGGUGUCCAAGGAAAGAAAGUGCAAUCCAACAAUGGCUUGGAGGUUUGGGCUGGGCCACUCAGCAACAACAGGAAGGCCGUGGUGCUCUGGAACCGGCAGGGCUACCAGGCAACCAUCACCGCACAAUGGUCGAGCAUCGGGCUUGCUUCAUCCACAGCUGUCACUGCUCGUGACCUAUGGGCGCACUCAUCAUUCUCGGCUCAGGACCAAUUAUCAGCUUCAGUGGCACCUCAUGACUGCAAGAUGUAUGUCUUGACGCCAAAUUAA